UGACCCGGAUGAUGGCGGCAACGGUGGCCCGGGCCCUGUGGCUGCUGUCGUUGGUCGGGGUGGCAACGGCCACGACGACCACCACCACCAAACCCCCACCGCCUCAGGACGGCGAAUUCACCUUUUUAUUACCCGCCGGCCGGAGGCAGUGUUUCUACCAGCCGGCGCCGGUUAACGCCAGCCUGGAGGCCGAGUACCAGGUCAUCGGUGGAGCCGGGCUGGAUGUGGACUUCACCCUGGAGAGUCCUCUGGGUGUGCUGCUGAUCAACGAGUACCGCAAGUCGGAUGGGGUGCAUACAGUGGAGCCUACUGAGGCAGGAGACUACAAGUUGUGCUUUGACAACUCCUUCAGCACUAUCUCAGAGAAGCUGGUUUUCUUCGAGCUCAUCUUUGACAGCCUGCAAGAUGACGAGGAGGGUGACGACUGGGCCGAAGUGGUGGAGCCAGAGGAGAUGCUAGACAUCAAGAUCGAGGAUAUCAAGGAGUCGAUUGAGAUGAUGAAGACAAGGCUGGAACGCAGCAUACAGGUGCUGACCCUGCUACGCGCUUUUGAGGCCCGGGACCGCAACCUGCAGGAGGAUAACCUGGACCGUGUCAAUUUCUGGUCGGCUGUGAAUCUGGGGCUCCUGCUGCUGGUGGCCUUCCUGCAGGUCUACAUGCUCAAGAGCCUCUUUGAUGAGAAGAAGAGUCUGCACACGUAGCCCCAGGGGGAGGGGCUGACCAAGGGCUAGGUAGGACACCAUGGGGGCUUUGGGCAGGCUGUCCUAGGCUCUUCCAAGUUGCUGCCAUUUUUUCCUGGGCUGCUCUUUUCUCCUCCCUUUCCUGGCAAGGUUAUACAAAGCGGAGUGAAGCUCCUGCCAUCUCUUUUGCCUCCCAUCCAGGCCUGGUUGCUCGGGAACGAGGAGAGGGAGGAGGCGGCCUCCGGGCUCUACCCUACAACCAGCGGUGGGGCUGUGAGGGUAGGUGGGGGAGGUUCUAGGCUGGUGGCGUUUUCUUUUUCAUUCUAGCCCUCCUACCUCUCAGCCUGGCUGGUCCCAGAGGGAAAGGGGAGGGUGGAGAACAGACAGGGAACCUGAGGCCUAGGGAGAGGCAGGAUUCACCCACAAGCAUCUAGAGGGCAGUUGGGGGCUAGAACCCAGAUGGUUGCUCCCCUUCCAGGACUUCUUGGCCCACAGGCCAGGCCUCGAUCCUGGUCCGGUCCCAGACGUGACCCUGAAAAGUGGCAGCCAGAGCCGGGUCUGCUGCCCCUGUGAUAACUCGCUCCCUUCAUCAUGGGACAGACUUCCUCCGUGCCUUAAACACCUGCAGCCGGGGUCUCCCCAGCAUCCUCUCCUGGCCUCGAACCCCUGGGUGCUCUCUUGUUCACCCCUGUAGGGGGGAAAGGGCUUUUUUUUUUUUCUUCCUCCGUCCCCCUUCAGGGAAGCAGGAGCCGGGCCAGCCCCUCCCUUUUGUUGAAGGGAGUGAAAUGGGGAAGACCGGGGUUUGGAUCCAGGCUGUGGGUUCCAUAGCUCUUCCUCAUCUGCUGCUGUCACUCCCUCCUUCCUACCCCCAAACCUUGAGCCUUGUACUUUCACUCUUUACUGUAAGGUGCCUUUAAAGAUAAGAAGUCUGUCCUAGGUCCAGGACACACCGAGUUUGACAUCCUUCCUUCCUUCUCGCCUCCUUUCCCUGCUGACACUGGCUCUGUCGCACCCUGGCUCUUCAACCUCCUUUCCUUCAGUAAGAUAGCUGGCCUGAUCGGAUGGGCCGCUGCUAAGGGAGCGGGGUCCCAGGAGGUGAUCUGACCGGGAGGUUUCUGGCUUCCCCUCUGGUCAGGGGAAAGCACCCAGCGACUCUUAUUCCUCCCUCAAUUUCCCACCCGAAGGUCCCCUCCUCACCGAAACAGACACUGAGCUGCAGGCAUAGGCUCGGCCAGAGGACUCAGCAAGAUCUGAGAGCGAGAGGGCCAGGGGCUGUCACCCUCCCUGUCAAAGUCUCUCUCACAUUACCUCUGUUCCUUCCUCCAUUAAAUCUCAUUUAUGUGGCCCCCGCCUGGGGUAA